GAAUCAAACCUGUAAUACUACACCGCUUUUCAAAUUAUUUCAGGCGCAUCGAACACCAAAGGGGACCAGCGCUGCCUGCCGCCAAAAUUCAAGUUCACUGAACACAGGAAGAGUAAGGGAACAGUGGCGUUUUGUUAUUGUGUGAGGUAAUCGAGAGCUGAAACAAGGCUUCGGGAGGUGACACUAGAAUACAACUUUCCUGUAGCUGCGGAUGAAGUUCAUCGGGGAGUUGAAUUUGUAAAACGUUGAAACGAAGAUGUACAUCAAAUCUAUCAUCUUAGAAGGCUUCAAAUCCUACGCCCAGAGAACGGAGAUCAAUGGCUUUGACCCGUUGUUCAACGCUAUCACCGGUCUGAACGGCAGUGGCAAGUCCAAUAUCCUGGACUCCAUCUGUUUCCUGCUCGGGAUUUCCAACCUGACUCAGGUGCGAGCGUCCAAUCUUCAGGAUCUGGUCUACAAAAACGGUCAAGCUGGGAUCACUAAGGCCUCUGUUUCCAUUACGUUUGACAACUCUGACAAGAAGCAAAGUCCCCUUGGGUUUGAGACCCACGACGAAAUCACUGUUACGCGUCAGGUGGUCAUUGGUGGGAGAAACAAAUACCUCAUAAAUGGGGUAAAUGCCAACAACAACCGGGUACAAGACUUGUUCUGCUCCGUUGGGCUCAAUGUCAACAAUCCUCAUUUUCUGAUUAUGCAGGGCAGAAUUACGAAAGUUUUGAACAUGAAACCCCAGGAGAUCCUGGCAAUGAUUGAAGAAGCAGCAGGCACCAGGAUGUAUGAGAUCAAAAAGAUGGGUGCGCAGAAAACUAUUGAAAAGAAGGAGGGCAAGCUAAAAGAGAUCCAGACGGUGUUAAGAGAAGAGAUCACACCAACUCUAGAGAAGCUGAAGGAGGAACGAUCAUCGUACUUUGAGUAUCAGAAGGUGUUGAAGGAAAUGGAGCAUCUUACUCGCCUGUAUGUGGCCUAUCAAUUUGUGUGCGCCGAGGAAACCAAAGCAAAGUCGGCUGCAGAGCUGAAGGUGCUGGAGGAUGGCACAGUCAAGCUGCGGGAGAAGAUGGCAGACAAUGAGAAGAAAGUGAAGGAGCUCUCUCAGGAAAUUGCUCGGCUGGAGGACAAGAGAGACCAGGACGUGGGUGGCGUGCUGAAGUCCCUGCAGGACGCCCUGUCUGAGGUUCAGAGAGUGGAUGCCAAAACCCAGAGUGCUUUGGAUCUGAAGAAACAGAACCUUAAGGGGGAGGAGAAGAGACGCAAAGAACUGGUGAAAAGCAUGGAAGAGGAUCAAAAGGUCUUGGCGGCAAAGGAGAGCGAGGCGAGGAAGAUCACCGAGAAGCUCCGUGCCAUCCAGGAGGAGGGCCGGAAGGACGCGGAGGCCCUCGCCGCCGCCCAGCAGCACUUCAACGCCGUGUCCGCCGGCCUGUCCGGCAGCGAGGACGGGGCGGCGGCCACGCUGGCGGGGCAGAUGAUGACCUGCAAAAACGACAUGAGCAAAGCCGACACCGAGGCCAAACAGGCACAGAUGAAGCUUAAACAUGCCCAGCAAGAGCUGAAGACUAAACAAGCAGAAGCUAAAAAGAUGGAUAGCGGAUAUAAAAAGGACCAGGAUGCUUUUGAGGCUGUGAAGAAAAACAAAGAAAAACUGGAAGCUGAGUUGAAGAAGCUGAACUAUGAAGAUGGAAAGGAGGAGAAAGUGAUAGAAAAGAAGAGGCAGCUGUCUCGCGAGGUUAAUCAGCUGAGGGAGACCUAUGAAUCACUGAUGGCCAAGUUUCCCAAUCUAAGAUUUGAAUACACAAAUCCUGAGAAGAACUGGGACAGUAACCGAGUGAAAGGGCUUGUUGCCAAUCUGAUCACAGUCAGACAUCCCUCGAAUGCCACAGCACUGGAGGUUGUUGCUGGGGGGCGCCUUUAUAACGUGGUUGUGGAUACUGAGGUGACUGGCAAAAAGUUACUGGAGAAAGGUGAACUCAGGCGAAGGUACACCAUCAUCCCGUUGAAUAAGAUCUCAGCCAAGUGUCUGAAUGAUGGUGUUGUAAAGAUGGCCAAGAGCUUGGUUGGAAAUGACAAUGUUCACACUGCUCUAUCCCUGGUGGGGUAUGAAUCGGAGCUUCAGAAAGCGAUGGAAUACGUCUUCGGAACAACACUGGUUUGUGAUUGUCUGGACAAUGCCAAGAAAGUGACUUUUGAUAAAAGAGUCAUGACAAAAACGGUCACUCUUGGUGGGGACGUCUUUGAUCCCCAGGGAACUCUGAGUGGAGGAGCCCGAGCUCAAAUGGCUUCAGUGCUGUCCAACCUGCAGGAGCUGAAAGACGUUCAAGAUGGGCUCGUGGCAAAAGAAGCAGAACUGCAGGCUGUUGAGAAAGAGCUGAGCAGCCUGAAAGGCACUGCUGAAAAGUACCGACAGCUCCGACAACAACUGGAUAUGAAGUGUGAGGAGUUAGAAAUUUUGCAGACUAAACUUCAGCAGAGCAGCCACCACAAGCAGCAGGAGGAGCUGGAAGCACUUAGAAAGAUUAUUGAGGAGAGUGAAGAGACCCUCAGAAAGACAAAGGAGAUCCACAAGAAUGCGGAGGAGAAGUACAAAGUUUUGGAAAACAAGAUGAAAAACGCAGAGGCAGAGCGGGAGAAGGAACUCAAGGAGGCACAGCAGAAACUCAAUGUGGCCAAGAACAAAGCUGAUGCCUUCAGCAAGAAGCUGAAAGAAAAGCAACAGGAAGCUGAUGCUUUGGUUCUGGAGCUGGAAGAGCUGAAGAGGGAGCAGGCUGGCUAUCAGCAGCAAAUCGAAGCUGUGGACGAGGCGAUAAAGGCCAUUCAGGAGCAGGUCGACAGCAUGGCUUCUGACGUGGCCAGUAACAAGCAAGCAGUGAAGAAGGCCCAGGAAGAUGUCGCCAAGCAGAAGGAGAUCAUUUCGGUUCAAGACAAGGAAAUUAAAGGCAAGUCCGACGUGGUGUCCAAACUGGGAGAAGAGAACAACGACGCUCAGCUUAAGCUCAAGGAGCUGGAGCAUAGCAUCAGCAAGCACAAGACGGACAGUGCUGAAGCUGCAGAGAGGGUAGCAAGAAUGCUAGCUGAGAAUGAGUGGAUCUCAGCGGAGAAGCACUUCUUUGGGCAGCCCAACACCACCUACGAUUUCAAAGCAAACAACCCCAAGGAGGCUGGCCAGCGACUUAAGAAACUCCAAGACACGAAGGACAAGCUGGAGAGAAAUGUUAAUAUGAGGGCAAUGAAUAUGCUUAGUCAGGUGGAGGAGAAGUACAAUGAGUUGAUGAGGAAGAAAAGAAUUGUUGAAAAUGACAAAUCCAAAAUUCUUCAGACUAUAGUAGAGCUGGACCAGAAAAAGAAUGAAGCUCUGAAUGUUGCAUGGCAAAAGGUCAACAAAGACUUCGGCUCGAUUUUCUCCACCCUGCUCCCAGGGGCGGACGCCAAGUUAGCUCCUCCGGAGGGCUGUGGCGUUCUUGACGGCCUGGAGUUUAAAGUCGCCCUUGGAAGCACGUGGAAGGAGCAUCUGACGGAGCUGAGUGGGGGGCAAAGGUCUCUGGUGGCCUUGUCGCUGAUUUUGGCCAUGCUCCUGUUCAAACCAGCACCCAUAUACAUCUUAGAUGAGGUGGACGCGGCCUUGGACCUCUCCCACACUCAGAACAUCGGACAGAUGCUGCGCACUCACUUCACUCAUUCACAGUUUAUUGUGGUUUCCCUGAAGGAUGGCAUGUUCACCAACGCAAAUGUCCUGUUCAAGACCAAGUUUGUGGAUGGAAUUUCGACCGUGGCCAGGUUCACCAACAGCCAACACAGUGCAAGUGUUGCUGGCCACAACAGAGUGGACAAGGCAAAAUCAAAGGACAAAAGGCAAAGAACACUGAUUGAAAACUGAACUGUAUCUUGGGCACCUGCCCGUGCUGAAAGAUUAUUUUCAUCUUAUUUUACAGAAGUACACCUGUGUCUUUGUCAAAUGUUUUCUGAAGUUUGCUCUUCAUUUAAUGGCACCUUCCUUCCCAUAUAUUUUUUUAAUUUGUGGAUUUUAAGGACUUUAGAUGCAUAAACCACAUGUAUAGAGUGAAUGCAGUGUUUUCUAAUUGUCAAUAUGUCUGUGUGUUUUAAGAUGGUUAGCACAACCCCCUUAAUCAUAGUCUGAGAGAUGUCUUGAAGUUCAGUUAAGUCAUUCCAGUAUCGAGACUGGGUGAGUGCAAAAUUAUUAUUUUUUUAAUUUGGAGACACCACUUUUAUCAUUAUAUACCUAUGUGGACCGCUCCACCGUACUUGAUAGGAGAGUGAGUGCUGAUUGGAGGAAUACCAUGUCUCUUGCUGAUGUCUGCAAAUCUGCAGGUGGACUGGAUCACAGAGUUGAACCUAUGCUCUGAGGUGGAGCCUUUGUUAAUUGUGUCUUACCUGACCCAUAACUUCAGUUAACACAAAUUUGAGCUAGU